AUGGACGACCAAAACGCUCUUAUGAGGCAGCUCCUUAAUCAAAUAAGCGUGGCUCAAAAUCUUGGCCUUGGACAACCAGGCGAAGUGAGAAGAAUAGACGAACGCACCGGUGGGCAGCUCAACGGGCACCAAGCGGGUCGAGCAGGAGCGAGCAGACAAGGGAUGCACAACCACGUGAUCAGCUUGCCGACAUGUCGCAAGCAUCUGCAAGCCACACACAAAGCAACGUGCGAGAAAGGCUCGGCCCACGACUUGACGUCCGUGCUCGCCUGGGCCCGCAGGGGAAUGUACUUCAAAGGCUAG